UCAUUGAAUUUAGUUUAAUUAAAUUGGUGUUAUUUGGUUCUCUCUAUAUAAAUGUUGCCAUAUAUCCCUCAUAUAUAUCACAACAUCUUUCUUCCCUUCUCAAUCACAAGUAGAAGUACUUCUAUUGCUUCUUUCUCACUCUCUUUUGUGUAACCUCAAAAUCAAAUAUUCAUAUUCUCUCAUAUUACUUAUAGUUCGUUUUUUGUCUUCACUACCAUGACAAUGGAUUGCCUCAACCUCUGCAAACAGCAGGGACACGACGAUGAAGAGGAUAAGGGAAUAAUUAUGUUUACCCUUGAUGGAAGUAUUGAUAGGCAAGGUGGCCCAGCAGUUCGAGGGAGGACUGGCUCUUGGUUUGCUGGAAUUCUCAUUCUACUAAACCAAGGUUUGGCAACAUUGGCAUUCUUCGGGGUAGGAGUGAACUUGGUGUUGUUCUUGACGAGGGUGUUGGAUCAAGACAACGCAGAGGCUGCAAAUAAUGUCAGCAAAUGGACUGGCACUGUCUACCUUUGCUCUCUUGUUGGGGCUUUCCUAAGUGACGCUUAUUGGGGAAGGUUCAAAACAUGUGCUAUCUUUCAAGCAAUCUUUGUCUUUGGUUUGGCUUCACUAUCACUAUCGACAUACAUAUUUUUACUCAAGCCUAGAGGCUGCGGUGAUGAAAAAUCUAGUUGUGAAGACCAUUCAAGUUUGGGGAUAGCAUUGUUCUACAUCUCCAUUUAUUUGAUUGCCUUAGGAAACGGAGGGUACCAACCCAACAUAGCCACUUUUGGAGCAGAUCAGUUUGAUGAGGAGGACCCUAUAGAAGGUCAAGCAAAGAUCGCUUUCUUCAGUUACUUCUACUUGGCUUUGAAUCUUGGAUCCCUAUUUUCAAACACAAUUUUAGGCUAUUUUGAGGACAAAGGGAUGUGGACUUUGGGAUUUUGGGCUUCUACUGGAUCUGCUGGCCUAGCCUUGUUGUUGUUCCUUUGUGGUACACCACAGUACCGACACUUUAGUCCUAAGGGCAACCCGCUUUCUAGGUUUUGUCAAGUGGUGGUUGCAGCGGCUAGAAAAUGGAAGGUUGAGAUGACGCCAAGUGGAGACAAUUUGUUCGAGGAUGUUUCACAAUUGACAUCUCAAAAUGGUGCUAGAAACAUGCUACACACCCAAGGUUUCAAAUUUUUGGAUAAAGCGGCAGUCAUCACUAAGAAAGACCUCAACCGAAUGAAAGAUAAUGUUGUUCACACGAAUCCAUGGCAUCUUUGCACAGUGACACAAGUGGAGGAAGUUAAAAGUAUACUAAGACUACUCCCCAUUUGGCUCUGCACAAUUCUCUACUCUGUCGUCUUCACACAGAUGGCCUCACUCUUCGUUGAGCAAGGCGCUGUAAUGAAUACCAAACUUGUUGACUUCCAUAUUCCACCAGCGAGUAUGUCCAGCUUCGACAUUCUCAGUGUCGCCGCCAUGAUUUUCUUCUACCGGAGAGUCCUUGACCCCAUAGCUAUUAGAAUCACCAAAAACCCUAAAGGACUCACAGAGCUCCAAAGAAUGGGAAUAGGCCUUGUUAUAGCCAUAAUGUCAAUGGUAUCAGCUGGAGUUGUUGAAGUGUACAGGUUAAAGUACAUAGAAGAGGAGUGUAAUAAUGCUACCACUGGCAUAAUAUGUAGUAGUAGUGGAUCAUCAGUAUCAAGCCAAAGUUCCUUGAGCAUUUUUUGGCAAAUUCCACAAUAUGUUCUUGUGGGAGCUUCAGAGGUUUUUAUGUAUGUUGGGCAAUUGGAGUUCUUUAAUGGUCAAGCCCCGGAUGGCUUGAAGAGCUUUGGCAGUGCAUUGUGCAUGACCUCUAUAUCUCUUGGGAACUAUGUGAGUAGCUUGUUAGUGAUUAUGGUAAUGAAAAUCUCUACAACAGAUGAUAUGCCUGGUUGGAUCCCUGCAAACCUCAACAAGGGUCAUUUGGAGAGGUUUUAUUUUCUCCUGGCAGCUUUAACCACUGUGGAUCUUAUGGUCUACAUUUUGUGUGCAAAGUUUUACAAGUAUACGAAGUUUGAAGAAAGAAAUAAUGGGCAAGAUAACAAUUGCCAUGAAAGUACUACUACUGUUCACUCUAUGGAGCUUCGGGUUUGAGUAUGACUUUAUUAGGAUGCAAUGUUUGUUUUGAUCACGUACGCACGAGUCUUUACUAUAAAAUCAUGUUUGGCGCAUAUAAUAAAUAUAUAUGUUAGAUAAAAUAAGAAUGUGUGCCAUGCAUUCAUGUGUUUGAAUUUGCUUGUGAAAUAGAGUAUAAUAUGCUUAUGUUAGUGAUGAAGCUAAAGAAGAAAUAGAAUUUCGAUUCUAUUAUCUCUAAUUAAGCAGAGCAGACAAUUUAAUUACCAUGUACGAAUAAGAUGUACUAAAGCAUAAUGUCUUAUAUUUGUAUAAUUUAUGAUGUUAUAUUUCCAACUUGAAUGUAAGAUGUGAUUGAUACUAUUAAUCAACUUAAGGCGAUAUGAAUGAGGAUUAAUCUUCUUUUCUACUUCCAGUAGUCCUAUUUUCUUUUCCUUGCUAAAAUCUUGUUAUUAUUUUGCAAAAUAAUUUGCACAAUAUUCUAUUUUUGAAUUUUAUGUGGUUUUCGUAUCUUUUUUU